CACCUUGUGGUCUUGGUAUUUGAUGGGAUUUCUCUGCAUCUGAAGGUACAGCCCAGGGUGAGUGAUAUGAAUACCAGCUGGGAUGAAGAAUGCUUCAACACCUCGAAUCCAGACGCAUGCCUUGCUUCCCAGAUGGCCCUGAUCACCUCGCUUGCGGUUCCUCUCUCCAGCAUCAUCAUCGUGGGGAAUCUGGUCAUCAUCGUCGGGAUCAUCGGCAACAAGAGCCUGCACAACCCCACCAACUAUUACUUCCUGAGCUUGUUGUUGUCUGGCCUGGGCACCGGCCUCAUCCUACCUUCCAUUCCCAUGAUGAACCUCAAGAGUGAGUUUGCCUCCCAGAUCUGCUUCUUUUUCCAUCUCUUCCCAAACUUCAUCUUCCUCGCUUUCCUCUCCAACCUGCUGGUAGUUCACUACGACAGGUACGUCUGUAUCAUCCAUCCUUUCCAGUACAGCCUUUCUUGGACUCACAAGUAUGUCCCCGCUGUCAUAUUGACCACCUGGCUCCUGCCCUUGCUGUUUGCCUCGCUGCCCCUGUUUGGCUGGAACAACUGGAGCCCCAGUGCCACACAUUGCUAUUUCAAAUUGAUCUUCCCCCGUGCCUACAUCUACCUGGAGAUUUAUGGCUUAAUUGUCCCAUCCAUCUUAGCCAUCACUGCAAUAACAAGCCAAAUCCUCCAUGUGGCACGAAAGCAUGUAAAAGCAAUUAAGAAGAUGCAUCGAGCUGUCCACAGUGACCCAGCUUCUCUUGAGAAACAACUGGACUUCAAAUACGCUAAGUGCAUCGUGUUGCUGUUUAUCACCUUCCUGGUUUGCUGGGUCCCUUACAUUGUUUUCGUCCACGUCUCGUUGUUUGUGGAAAACAGUGGAUUGAAGACACGCAUCAUCCUGUCCUGUUUAGGAACCAGCAGUGCUGCUUUCGCUCCCUUCAUCCUAGUCUUCAACAACAAGGAAUACUUCGAACUGUGGCGAAGUUUUUCACAGAGUUUGAAAAGUUGCAGCAAAGACACUAGCGUCAACAGAACUUUCAUUGUCUGAUAUUUAUUUCCGAGGUAUUGAGUGUUCACGUUUAGCUCCAACCCUGAAGGUUGUGAGUUCAAUGCACUACUUUCACAAGACUUCAACACAAAUCCAGUGUGAGGGAGUGCUGCACUGGCAGGGAUACCCUAUUUCAGAGACUUGAAAUCUGAGGCUGUGUAUGCUUUUUCAGAUGGAUGUAAAUGCUCCUCACUGAAAAAGACCAGGGAAGGUCUCAGCAUUAAAGAAAAACUGGAAGCUCUCAUCAGCUCAGGCAGCAUUGGUGGAGAGAGAAACAGAAUUAAUGCUUCAGACUGGGAAUCAUAGAGUCAUAGAGUUAUG